AUGGUCUACUUGUCUUUGAGUAGAAACUCAUCGCAAAUGGCAGAGAACAACCCCGAUGUAAUGAACCAAUUGGCAACGAAGUUGGGUCUAUCGUCCGAGCUCCAAUUCUACGACGUCUAUUCCCUGGAUGAACCCGAACAACUCGCACAUAUCCCUCGACCUGCCCUGGCUCUGCUGGCCAUCAUUCCACUUACACCAGCUUGGGAUCGAAGUCGUGAGGCCGAAGAUGCUAACAAAGAACCCUACACUGGCUCCGGCCCGGACGAGCCGGUCAUCUGGUUCAAGCAGACCAUCGGCCACGCCUGCGGCUCGAUCGGUCUGCUCCAUAGCUUGAUCAACGGUCCAGCCGUCGACUUUAUCAAGCCUGAUUCCGACCUCGCGGCGAUACGAAGCCUCGCCAUACCGCUGGAUAUGACCAAACGCGCCGAAUUGCUGUACAACGGCGAGCCAUUCGAACUUGCUCACAAGUCGGUCGAGCAGGCCGGCGACAGCUAUGCGGACCCGACGAGUGAGCGUAAUGGUGGGCAUUUUGUGAGUUUUGUCAAGAGCGGUGGGAAGCUCUGGGAGCUUGAAGGGUCGAGGAAGGGUCCUCUGGAGAGAGGAAGUCUUGCUGACGACGAGGACGUUCUCAGUCCGCGAGCGCUUGACAUGGGCAUGAAGAGGAUCAUCAAGUUGAACGAGGAUGGAGGAGGAGAGAAGAACCUUCUUUUUAGCUGCAUUGCUUUGGCUCGCAGGCCUUAG